GCGCCGCCCGGGCCCCGCCCCCGCCCGCCCGCCCGCGCUCCGCCGCCUCCCGAGCUGCGUCCCGUCCUGUCCAGUCCCGUCCCCGGUGCGGCCCGCGCGCUCCUCCGCCGCCUCUCGCCUGCGCCAUGGCCAACCCGUCCCGCCCGGGCCCGCUGCGGCUACUGCUGCUGCUCCUUGUAGUGGCCGCGUGCGUCCUGCCCGGAGCCGGCGGGACGUGCCCGGAGCGCGCGCUGGAGCGGCGCGAGGAGGAGGCGAACGUGGUACUCACCGGGACGGUGGAGGAGAUCCUCAACGUGGACCCGGUGCAGCACACGUACUCCUGCAAGGUUCGGGUCUGGCGGUACUUGAAGGGCAAAGACCUAGUGGCCCGGGAGAGCCUGCUGGACGGCGGCAACAAGGUGGUGAUCAGCGGCUUUGGAGACCCCCUCAUCUGUGACAACCAGGUGUCCACUGGGGACACCAGGAUCUUCUUUGUGAACCCUGCGCCCCCAUACCUGUGGCCAGCCCACAAGAACGAGCUGAUGCUCAACUCCAGCCUCAUGCGGAUCACCCUGCGGAACCUAGAGGAGGUGGAGUUCUGUGUGGAAGAUAAACCAGGGACCCACUUUACUCCAGUGCCUCCGACGCCUCCUGAUGCGUGCCGGGGAAUGCUGUGCGGCUUCGGAGCCGUGUGCGAGCCCAACGCGGAGGGGCCGGGCCGGGCGUCCUGCGUCUGCAAGAAGAGCCCGUGCCCCAGCGUGGUGGCGCCGGUGUGUGGGUCGGACGCCUCCACCUACAGCAACGAAUGUGAGCUGCAGCGGGCGCAGUGCAGCCAGCAGCGCCGCAUCCGCCUGCUCAGCCGCGGGCCGUGCGGCUCGCGGGACCCCUGCUCCAACGUGAACUGCAGCUUCGGCAGCACUUGUGCGCGCUCGGCCGACGGGCUGACGGCCUCCUGCCUGUGCCCCGCGACCUGCCGUGGCGCCCCCGAGGGGACCGUCUGCGGCAGCGACGGCGCCGACUACGCCGGCGAGUGCCAGCUCCUGCGCCGCGCCUGCGCCCGCCAGGAGAAUGUCUUCAAGAAGUUCGACGGCCCUUGUGACCCCUGUCAGGGCGCCCUCCCUGACCCGAGCCGCAGCUGCCGUGUGAACCCGCGCACGCGGCGCCCUGAGAUGCUCCUACGGCCCGAGAGCUGCCCUGCCCGGCAGGCGCCAGUGUGUGGGGACGACGGAGUCACCUACGAAAACGACUGUGUCAUGGGCCGAUCGGGGGCCGCCCGGGGUCUCCUCCUGCAGAAAGUGCGCUCCGGCCAGUGCCAGGGUCGAGACCAGUGCCCGGAGCCCUGCCAGUUCAAUGCCGUGUGCUUGUCCCGCCGUGGCCGUCCCCGCUGCUCCUGCGACCGCGUCACCUGUGACGGGGCUUACAGGCCCGUGUGUGCCCAGGACGGGCGCACAUAUGACAGUGAUUGCUGGCGGCAGCAGGCUGAGUGCCGGCAGCAGCGUGCCAUCCCCAGCAAGCACCAGGGCCCGUGUGACCAGGCCCCGUCCCCGUGCCUCGGGGUGCAGUGUGCAUUCGGGGCGACAUGUGCUGUGAAGAACGGGCAGGCAGCGUGUGAAUGCCUGCAGGCGUGCUCGAGCCUCUACGAUCCUGUGUGCGGCAGCGACGGCGUCACAUACGGCAGCGCGUGCGAGCUGGAGGCCACAGCCUGUACCCUCGGGCGGGAGAUCCAGGUGGCGCACAAAGGACCCUGUGACCGCUGCGGGCAGUGCCGCUUUGGAGCCCUGUGUGAGGCCGAGACCGGGCGCUGCGUGUGCUCCUCUGAAUGCGUGGCUUUGGCCCAGCCCGUGUGUGGCUCCGAUGGGCACACAUACCCCAGCGAGUGCAUGCUGCACGUGCACGCCUGCACCCGCCAGAUCAGCCUGCACGUGGCCUCAGCUGGACCCUGCGAGACCUGUGGAGAUGCCGUGUGUGCUUUUGGGGCUGUGUGCUCGGCAGGGCAGUGUGUGUGUCCCCGGUGUGAGCACCCCCCGCCCGGCCCCGUGUGUGGCAGCGACGGUGUCACCUAUGGCAGUGCCUGCGAGCUACGGGAAGCUGCCUGCCAGCAGCAGACACAGAUCGAGGAGGCCCGGGCAGGGCCGUGCGAGCAGGCGGAGUGCGGCUCCGGAGGCUCUGGCUCUGGGGAGGACGGUGACUGUGAGCAGGAGCUGUGCCGGCAGCGCGGUGGCAUCUGGGACGAAGACUCGGAGGAUGGGCCGUGUGUCUGUGACUUCAGCUGCCAGAGUGUCCCGGGCAGCCCGGUGUGCGGCUCAGAUGGGAUCACCUAUAGCACCGAGUGUGAGCUGAAGAAGGCCAGGUGCGAGUCACAGCGAGAGCUCUACGUAGCGGCCCAGGGAGCCUGCCGAGGCCCCACCUUCACCCCGCUGCCACCUGUGGCCCCCUUACACUGUGCCCAGACGCCCUACGGCUGCUGCCAGGACAAUAUCACCGCAGCCCGGGGCGUGGGCCUGGCUGGCUGCCCCAGUGCCUGCCAGUGCAACCCCCAUGGCUCUUACGGCGGCACCUGUGACCCAGCCACAGGCCAGUGCUCCUGCCGCCCAGGUGUGGGGGGCCUCAGAUGUGACCGCUGUGAGCCUGGUUUCUGGAACUUUCGAGGCAUCGUCACCGAUGGCCGGAGUGGCUGUACACCCUGCAGCUGUGAUCCCCAGGGCGCCGUGCGGGAUGACUGUGAGCAGAUGACGGGGCUGUGCUCGUGUAAGCCCGGGGUGGCUGGACCCAAGUGUGGGCAGUGUCCAGACGGCCGUGCCCUGGGCCCCGCGGGCUGUGAAGCUGAUGCUUCUGCGCCUGCGACCUGUGCAGAGAUGCACUGUGAGUUCGGUGCACUGUGCGUGGAGGAGUCUGGCUCAGCCCACUGUGUCUGCCCGAUGCUCACCUGUCCAGAGGCCAGUGCUACCAAGGUCUGUGGGUCAGAUGGAGUCACAUACGGCAACGAGUGUCAGCUGAAGACCAUCGCCUGCCGCCAGGGCCUGCAAAUCUCUAUCCAGAGCCUGGGCCCGUGCCAGGAAGCUGUUGCUCCCAGCACUCACCCGACAUCUGCCUCCGUGACAGUGACCACCCCAGGGCUCCUCCUGAGCCAGGCACUGCCAGCCCCCCCCGGCGCCCUCCCCCUGGCUCCCAGCAGUACCGCACACAGCCGGGCCGCCCCUCCGCCCUCAUCGCGACCUCAGACCACCGCCAGCAUCCCCAGGACCACCGUGUGGCCCGUGCUGACCGUGCCCCCCACGGCACCCUCCCCUGCACCCAGCCUGGUGGCAUCUGCCUUUGGUGAAUCUGGCAGCACUGAUGGAAGCGGCGAUGAGGAACUGAGCGGGGACCAGGAGGCCAGUGGGGGUGGCUCUGGGGGGCUCGAGCCCUUCGAGGGCAGCAGCAUGGCCACCCCUGGGCCACCCAUCGAGAGGGCUUCUUGCUACAACUCCGCGUUGGGCUGCUGCUCUGAUGGGAAGACGCCCUCGCUGGAUGCAGAGGGCUCCAACUGCCCCGCCACCAAGGUGUUCCAGGGCGUCCUGGAGCUGGAGGGCGUCGAGGGCCAGGAGCUGUUCUACACGCCUGAGAUGGCUGACCCCAAGUCAGAGCUGUUCGGGGAGACAGCCAGGAGCAUUGAGAGCACCCUGGACGACCUCUUCCGGAAUUCAGACGUCAAGAAGGAUUUUCGGAGUGUCCGCUUGCGGGACCUGGGGCCCGGCAAAUCCGUCCGCGCCAUUGUGGAUGUGCACUUUGACCCCACCACAGCCUUCAGGGCACCCGACGUGGCCCGGGCCCUGCUCCGGCAGAUCCAGGUGUCCAGGCGCCGGUCCUUGGGGUUGAGGCGGCCGCUGCAGGAGCACGUGCGAUUUAUGGACUUUGACUGGUUUCCUGCGUUCUUCACGGGGGCCACAUCAGGAGCCAUUGCUGCCGUAGCCACGGCCAGAGCUACCACUGCGUCGCGCCUGCCGUCCUCUGCUGUGACCCCUCGGGCCCUGCACCCCAGUCACACAAGCCAGCCCGUUGCCAAGACCACGGCAGCCCCCACCACACGUCGGCCCCCCACCACUGCCCCCAGCCGUGUGCCUGGACGUCGGCCCCCAGUCCCCCAGCAGCCUCCAAAGCCCUGUGACUCACAGCCCUGCUUCCACGGGGGGACCUGCCAGGACUGGGCCUUGGGCGGGGGCUUCACCUGCAGCUGCCCGGCAGGCAGGGGAGGCGCCAUCUGUGAGAAGGUGCUUGGCGCCCCUGUGCCGGCCUUCGAGGGCCACUCCUUCCUGGCCUUCCGCACUCUCCGCGCCUAUCACACGCUGCGCCUGGCGCUGGAAUUCCGGGCCCUGGAGCCUCAGGGGCUGCUGCUGUACAACGGCAACGCCCGGGGCAAGGACUUCCUGGCGUUGGCGCUGCUAGACGGCCGCGUGCAGCUCAGGUUUGACACAGGUUCAGGGCCCGCAGUGCUGACCAGUGCCGUGCCGGUAGAGCCGGGCCAGUGGCACCGCCUGGAGCUGUCGCGGCAUUGGCGCCGGGGCACCCUCUCGGUGGAUGGCGAGACCCCUGUUCUGGGCGAGAGUCCCAGUGGCACCGAUGGCCUCAACCUGGACACAGACCUCUUUGUGGGCGGCGUACCCGAGGACCAGGCUGCUGUGGCGCUGGAGCGGACCUUUGUGGGCACCGGCCUGAGGGGAUGCAUCCGUUUGCUGGACGUCAACAACCAGCGCCUGGAGCUUGGCAUUGGGCCAGGGGCUGCCACCCGAGGCUCUGGCGUGGGCGAGUGCGGGGACCACCCCUGCCUGCCCAACCCCUGCCGUGGCGGGGCCCCGUGCCAGGCCCUGGAGGCUGGAAGAUUCCACUGCCAGUGCCCGCCCGGCCGCGUCGGACCAACCUGUGCCGAUGAGAAGAGCUCCUGCCAGCCCAACCCCUGCCAUGGGGCGGCGCCCUGCCGUGUGCUGCCCGAGGGUGGUGCCCAGUGCGAGUGCCCUCUGGGGCGUGGGGGCACCCUCUGCCAGACAGCCUCGGGGCAGGACGGCUCUGGGCCCUUCCUGGCUGACUUCAACGGCUUCUCCCACCUGGAGCUGAGAGGCCUGCACACCUUUGCACGGGACCUGGGGUUGGUGGGGGAGAAGAUGGCGCUGGAGGUCGUGUUCCUGGCACGAGGCCCCAGCGGCCUCCUGCUCUACAACGGGCAGAAGACGGACGGCAAGGGGGACUUCGUGUCGCUGGCACUGCAGGACCGCCACCUGGAGUUCCGCUACGACCUGGGCAAGGGGGCUGCGGUCAUCAGGAGCAGGGAGCCAGUCACCCUGGGAGCCUGGACCAGGGUCUCACUGGAGCGAAACGGCCGCAAGGGUGCCAUGCGUGUGGGCGACGGCCCCCGUGUGUUGGGGGAGUCCCCGAAAUCCCGCAAGGUUCCGCACACCGUCCUCAACCUGAAGGAGCCGCUGUACGUAGGGGGGGCUCCCGACUUCAGCAAGCUGGCCCGUGCUGCUGCCGUGUCCUCUGGCUUCAACGGCGCCAUCCAGCUGGUCUCCCUCGGAGGCCGCCAGCUGCUGACCCCGGAGCACGUGCUGCGGCAGGUGGACGUCACAUCCUUUGCAGAUCACCCCUGCACCCGGGCCUCAGGCCACCCCUGCCUCAAUGGGGCCUCCUGCAUCCCGAGGGAGGCUGCCUAUGUGUGCCUGUGUCCUGGGGGAUUCUCAGGACCACACUGCGAGAAGGGGCUGGUGGAGAAGUCGGUGGGGGACGUGGAUGCCCUGUCCUUUGACGGGCGGACCUUCGUCGAGUACCUCAACGCUGUGACUGAGAGCGAACUGGCCAAUGAGAUCCCCGUCCCCGAAACUCUGGAUUCCGGGGCCCUUCACAGCGAGAAGGCACUGCAGAGCAACCACUUUGAACUGAGCCUGCGCACUGAGGCCACGCAGGGGCUGGUGCUCUGGAGUGGCAAGGCCACGGAGCGGGCAGACUACGUGGCGCUGGCCAUUGUGGACGGGCACCUGCAGCUGAGCUACAACCUGGGCUCCCAGCCCGUGGUGCUGCGUUCCACCGUGCCCGUCAACACCAACCGCUGGUUGCGGGUCGUGGCACAUAGGGAGCAGAGGGAAGGUUCCCUGCAGGUGGGCAAUGAGGCCCCUGUGACCGGCUCUUCCCCACUGGGCGCCACGCAGCUGGACACUGAUGGAGCCCUGUGGCUUGGGGGCCUGCCGGAGCUGCCCGUGGGCCCAGCACUGCCCAAGGCCUACGGCACAGGCUUUGUGGGCUGCUUGCGGGACGUGGUGGUGGGCCGGCGCCCGCUGCACCUGCUGGAGGACGCCGUCACCAAGCCAGAGCUGCGGCCCUGCCCCACCCCAUGAGCUGGCACCAGAGCCCCGUGCCCGUUGUAAUUAUUUUCUAUUUUUGUAAACUUGUCGCUUUUUGAUAUGAUUUUGUUGCCUGAGUGUUGGCCGGAGGGACUGCUGGCCCGGCCUCCCUUCCAUCCAGGCAGCCGUGCUGCAGACAGACCUGGUGCCGAGGCAUGGACAGGCGAGGUGGCAGCGUGGAGGGCUCGGCGUGGACGGCAGCCUCAGGACACACACCCCUGCCUCAGGGUGCUGAGCCCCCGCCUCGCACUGCACCUGCCCCCCGGUGUCCCCGCCGGGAAGCAGCCCCGGCUCCUGAAUCACCCUCGCUCCGUCAGCCGGGGCUCGUGUCCCAUAGAGGAAGGGGCUGCUGAGGUCUGAUGGGGCCCUUCCUCCGGGCGACCCCACAGGGCCUUUCCAAGCCCCCAUUUGAGCUGCUCCUUCGUGUAUGUGCUCUGGGCCCUGCCUUGGCCUCCUGUGCCAAUACUGUGACUUCGAAACAAUGUUACUGCUGGGCAGCUCUGCAUUGCUCCAGUGCUGCCUGCGCCAGCCCCAGGCUGCUGAGGAGCAGAGGCCAGACCAGGGCUGGUCUGGGUGCCCUGACCCUCAGCUGGCCGUGCCCAACCACCCUGGACGUGGCCGUAUCCCUCUGCCACAUCCUAGGCCCUGCGAGGGGCUAUCGAGAGGAGCUCACUGUGGGAUGGGGUUGACCUCUGCUGCCUGCCUGGGUAUCUGGGCCUGGCCACCGGCUGUGUUCAUGUGUUGAUUUUAUUUGACCCCUGGAGUGGUGGGUCUCAUCUUUCCCGUCUCGCCUGAGAGCGGCUGAGGGCUGCCUCACUGCAAAUCCUCCCCACAGCGUCAAUGAAAGUCGUCCUUGUCUCAGAAUGACCAGGGGCCAGCCAGUGUCUGACCAAGGUCAAGGGGCAGGUGCAGCAGUGGCAGAGAUGGCUCCGAAGCCAGAAAUGCCUUAAACUGCAACGUCCCGUCCCUUCCCCACCCCCAUCCCAUCCCCACCCCCAGCCACAGCCCCAGCCCAGUCCUCCUAGGAGCAGGACCCCAUGAAGCGGGCGGCGGAGGGGGGCUGGGCGCCAUGUUACUAACUCUAGUACGUUUCUGUGUCGAUCGCUGUGAAAUAAAGUCUGAAAACUUUAAAA